GCGAAGGCUAUCCUGAAACUCUCUGUUGCAACCAAGUGGCGUCCCUUCUUUGCAACUUCAUACGGUCCUUCGUCUACCAAGAGUGCAAAGAGAGGAACUGAGGAUGGCGCUGUCCGCGUGGGUCGUGGCCUUCAUGGCCAUCUUUCUAUCCCAUCAAGAUGCUAGCGGUGGACUCAUCAAGAGAAUUAUCCGGCAGAAGAGGGAAACAGGAAUCAACGUGACACUACCGGAGGAUAACCAACCAGUGGUCUUCAACCACGUCUACAAUAUCAAUGUCCCCGUGGGCUCCCUUUGCUCCGUGGACUUGGAUCCCCCCAGUGGAGACUCGGAAUUUGCACUUCCAUCUGAGCCAGGAAAACACUAUCAGGAGCACACGUUGAAUGAAGACAAUCAGAUUGUGUUCACGCACCGGAUCAAUAUCCCGCGACGGGCUUGCGGGUGUGCGGCGGCCCCUGAUAUCAAGGAGCUGCUCAGCCGGCUGGAAGAAUUGGAAGAGCUGGUAUCUUCUCUGCAGGAACAGUGUGGCGGUGGGUCAGGGUGCUGUUCCAGUGCACAGACGGCAAAAGGUACCAUCGAUGCUACUCCCUACUGCAGUGGGCGAGGAAACUACAGCAAUGAUGUUUGUGGUUGCAUCUGUGAACAGGGGUGGAAAGGACCAAAUUGCUCCGAACCAGAAUGCUCACAGAACUGUAACGAGAGGGGCCAGUGCAUCAACGGGCAGUGUAUUUGUGAUUAUGGUUACACCGGCUACGAUUGUGGAGAGCUGGCCUGUCCUGGGGACUGCAAUGAUCAAGGCAAAUGCGUGGAUGGGAAAUGGUGUUUCGAUGGUUACGCCGGGGACGACUGCGGCCUUGAGGUCUGCCUGGUGCCCUGCAGUGAGUAUGGCAAUUGUGUGAACGGGCAAUGCAUCUGCAUGGAAGGUUUCACCGGGGGUGACUGCAGCCAAUCCCUUUGCCUUAACAACUGCAACAAUCGGGGGCGCUGCAUGGAAGAGGAGUGCGUGUGCGACGAAGGCUACACGGGUGAGGACUGCAGUGAGCUCAUUUGCCCCAACGAUUGCUAUGAUCGGGGUCGUUGCAUCAACGGCACCUGCUACUGCGAAACGGGGUUCACUGGUGAGGACUGUGGGGACCUGGCCUGUCCAAACGACUGUCACCAUAACGGUCGCUGUGAGAACGGUGUGUGUGUGUGCAAUGAAGGAUUCACUGGAGAUGACUGCUCUCUACAGAGAUGUCCCAAUGACUGUCACAACCAGGGACGUUGCAUCAAUGGGCAAUGUGUGUGCAAUGAAGGCUUCUUGGGACCAGACUGUGGCGAGGUGAGGUGUCUCAAUGACUGCCAAAAUCGGGGGCAGUGCGUGAAUGGUCAGUGUGUGUGUGACGAAGCCUUCAUGGGGGAGGAUUGUAGUCAACUCAGAUGCCCCAAGGAUUGCAAUAACCAUGGCCGGUGUGUUGAUGGGAAAUGUCAGUGCAGAGGAUACAUGGGGGAGGAUUGCGGGGAUCUGAGAUGCCUCCAUGACUGCCACAAGCGCGGCCAGUGCGUCAAAGGGCAGUGUGUCUGCGAUGAAGUUGUGGGUGAGGAUUGCAGCCAGCGCAGGUGUCCCAACGAUUGCCACAAGCGGGGGAAAUGUGUGGAUGGCCAGUGUGUAUGUGAAGAAGCUUUCACGGGCCUUGAUUGCAAUGAACUGCGGUGCCCCAAUGACUGCAACAACCACGGGCGCUGCAUUGACGGGCAAUGCAUAUGUGACGAAGGGUACACCGCUGAAGACUGCUCAGAACUGACCUGCCCCCAGGACUGCAACCAUCGCGGCCGCUGUGUCAACGGGGUCUGUGAAUGCAAUGAAGGCUUCCUCGGAGAGGACUGCGGGGAGCUAGCUUGCGUCAACAACUGCAACAAUCAAGGCCGUUGUCUGAAUGGACAGUGUGUCUGUGACGAGGGCUUCACUGGCAUAGACUGUGGCCAACGGAAGUGCCCCGAUGACUGCAACAACAGAGGGCAGUGCAUUGAUGGUGUGUGCCUAUGUGACGAAGGAUAUGAAGGCCCUGCUUGUGCGGAGCAGUCCUGCCCCAACAAUUGCAAUGAUCUUGGUCGUUGUGUAGCCGGGCGAUGUAUCUGUGAAGAAGGCUUCAUAGGUGACGACUGUUCAGAUGUAUCUCCUCCAAAGGAUUUGACGGUGACGGAAGUGACAGAUAAAACCAUCAACUUGGAAUGGGCGAAUGAAAAUGUCGUCAGUGAAUAUCUCAUCAGCUACAUUCCAACCAGCAUCGAUGGCUUAGAACUUCAGUUCCGGGUACCUGGAAACAAAACAUCGGCCACCAUCCAGGAGUUGGAACCUGGUGUGGAAUAUUUCAUCCGCGUUUUUGCCAUCCUAAGGAACAAAAAAAGCAUCCCCAUUAAUGCCCGGAUUGCCACUUGUAAACUUGCCUGCCCUGAUGGCUUGAAGUUCAAAUCAGUUAAAGAGACCUCCGUGGACGUUGAAUGGGAUGCCUUUAAUUUCCCUUUCCAUGGGUGGGAGAUUAUCUUUAAAAGCAUGAAAGAGGAAGACAACGGGGCCAUCCGAAGCAGUUUGAAGAGCCCUCAAACAACCUACCUACAACAAGGCCUUGCACCAGGACAGCAAUAUAAUGUAUCUCUGGUUGUCGUGAAGAAUGAGAUCAGAGGACCUGCUGUGUCAAGAAUUGUAACCACAAAACUGGAUGCCCCCGCCCAGAUUGAAGCAAAGGAUGUUACCGACACGACCGCCCUCAUAACAUGGUUCAGACCCUUAGCUGAGAUUGACGGACUUGAGCUGACUUAUGGGCCCAAAAAUACCCCAGGGGACCGAACGUCCAUUGAUCUCUCCGAAGACGAAAGCCAGUAUUCCAUUGGAAAUCUGAAGCCACACAUGGAAUAUGAAGUGACCCUCGUGUCUCGGCGUGGACUUAUGGCGAGUGACCCAAUCACUGAAACCUUUGUCACAGAUCUGGAUGCUCCCCAAAACCUGAGACGCAUUUCUCAGACGGACCGCACAAUCACCCUGGAGUGGAAAAACAGCCAAGCCAUGCCAGAUGUCUACAGGAUCAAAUACGCCCCUCUCUCAGGCGGAGAUCACGCUGAGGUCACAGUGCCCAGAAGCAACCAGGCCACCUCCAAAGUUACCCUCUCUGGCCUGAGGCCGGGAACGGAAUACGGCAUUGGCGUAACCUCGGUGAAAGAGGACAAAGAGAGUUUUCCGUCCACCAUCAACGCUGGCACCGAUCUGGAUAGUCCCAAGGACCUGGAGGUCGUAGAUCCUACUGAAACUGCUUUCACUUUACGUUGGAAGAGACCCUUGGCCAAAAUUGACCGCUACCGCCUUACUUACGUCACCCCACUGGGGAAGAAGAAUGAAAUUGAGAUUCCAGCUGAUAGCACAUCCUACAUCCUCCGCUCCCUAGAUGCUGGGAUGGAAUACACCAUCACCCUCGUGGCUGAAAAAGGCAGACUCAAGAGUAAGCCUUCAACCGUCACUGGUUCUACAGAAGAUGAGCCUGAGCUGGGCAAUUUAUCAAUUGGAAAAGUCUUCUGGGAUGGAUUCUACCUCACCUGGACAGCUGCUGAUGGGGCCUAUGAGAGUUUUGUCCUACAGGUGCGGGAGUCCAACCAACCAGAAGAUACACGGACUCUCACCCUUCCGGGGACACAACGGUCGAUAAAUCUCUCUGGACUCUCGCCAAGCACUCUUUACACAAUCACCAUCUACGGGAUAACUCAAGGCUACCAAACAAAACCCAUUUUUGUUGAAUCUACCACAGGGACGAAACCCGAAGUUGGAAACCUGACCAUUUGGGGCGUGACCCCAGAAAGCUUCAACCUGUCCUGGACAACCGCCAAAGGGCACUUUGAGCUCUUUACCCUUGAAAUCAUUGAUUCUAACAGGUUGCUGGAACCCAUGGAGUACAACAUUUCGGGCAGCUUAAGGACUGCCCAUAUCUCAGGGCUUCCCCUCAAACCAGUUUCAAGAUCUACCUCUACGGAGUCACUGGUGGCCUCCACUCAGGCAAUAAGCACAACCGCUGUAACAGAAGCUGAACCCGAAGUAGAUCACCUGUUGGUCUCGGACUCUACCCCCGAUGGUUUCCGUCUGUCUUGGACAGCGGACGAAGGAGCCUUUGACAGUUUUGUCCUUAAAAUCAGGGAUUCCAACAGACUUUUAGAUCCUCUGGAGUUCAUUGUACCAGGUCAUCAACGCACUCAGGACAUCCAAGGGCUGAAAGAAGGGACCGAAUAUUAUGUAGAUCUCUAUGGAGUGAUCAGCGGACAGCGUUCCCAGCCCGUAAAUGCGAUUGCUAUGACAGCAGUGGGAUCCCCGAAGGAAAUAUCUUUCUCAGAAAUAACGGAAAGCUCAGCUGUGGUUAGUUGGAAGCCUCCCUUGACAAGAGUUGACAGCUUCCGAAUUUCCUAUGGUCCAGAACCUGGAGAUGACCUCAAAUCUCUAACCGUGGACGGAAAUAGGAGUAGAAUCAAGCUAGUAGACCUGAUCCCUGGCAUAAAAUACAUCGUCAAUGUUGUCGCUAUCAAAGGAUUCGAAGAAAGUGAACCUGUCUCUGGGGCUCUGCUUACAGAACUGGAUAGUCCAUCUGGGCUGAGGGUAGUAAACGUCACGGACUCCAAAGCUUUAGCAGUUUGGCAACCAGCCCUCGCUGCAGUAGAUGAAUACCUGAUCUUCUAUGCAGCAGAAGGAGAGACAGAAGUGACGCAGAGGGUAUCCGGCAACACCAUGGAAUAUGAUCUCGUUGGCCUUCGACCCGCAACUGAAUACACCCUCAGGAUUCAAGCUGCCAAGGGCACACAGAAAAGCAGAAGUCUCUCCGCCAAAUUUAUUACAGGUCCUGAUUCUCCCAGAUCUCUGGCUGCUUCUGAUGUCCAGUUUGAAACAGCCGUGCUCACGUGGAAGCCACCCCAGGGCUCUAUCACAGGCUACCUCCUGAUCUACGAAUCUGCUGAUGGCAAAAUCAAGGAAGUGGUCCUGGGGCCAGAAUCGACUUCUUACACCUUGACGGACUUGAGCUCCUCCACUUUGUACACGGCAAAGCUGCAGGCCCUGCUCCACACGUUGAGAAGCAACUUCAUCCAAACCACGUUCACCACAACUGGACUUCUCUAUCCUUACCCCAAGGAUUGUUCCCAAGCUCUUCUGAAUGGGGAAGUCGCUUCUGGGUUGUACACCAUCUAUCUCAAUGGCAACCAAAGUCAGCCGUUGGAAGUCUACUGCGACAUGAGUUCCGACGGAGGCGGAUGGAUUGUCUUUUUGAGAAGGCAGAAUGGUGAUGUUAACUUCUACCAGAAUUGGAGGGCUUACGAGAGUGGUUUUGGAGAUCCCAACAAUGAAUUCUGGCUAGGGUUGGACAAGCUUCACAAAAUCACUUCCCAAGGCCCGUAUGAGCUGAGGGUGGAUCUGCGCGAUCACGGCGAGACAGCCUAUGCUCUCUACAACAAGUUCACGGUGGGGGAUGCCAGGACACGCUAUCGGCUGAAAGUGGAUGGCUACAGUGGUGACGCAGGCGAUUCCAUGAAUUACCACAACGGACGCUCGUUCUCUACCUUUGACAAGGACAAUGACUCUGCCAUUACAAAUUGUGCCUUAUCAUACAAAGGGGCAUUCUGGUACAAAAACUGCCAUCGGGUCAACCUUAUGGGUCGGUACGGAGACAACAGUCACAGCCAGGGCGUCAACUGGUUCCAUUGGAAAGGCCACGAGCAUUCCAUUCCCUUCGCGGAGAUGAAGCUACGGCCUUCCAGUUUUAGGAAUUUGGAAGGAAGGCAGAAGAGAGCAUAAAGGAUCUUUCUUCUUUUUCCUUUUCCUUUUUUUUUCUUUUUUUUUUGGCCUUGACCGAGAAAAACGGAACAAAGGGGUGGAAAUAAUAAUAAUAAUAAAAGAAGAGCCUUUCUCCCAACCCAACCCAAGAAAAAUUGAGAAGAGAGAGAACGAGAGAGAGAGAGAGAACGAGAGAGAUUGGCGACGAAGCUGGGAACGUGUACCAAAGCAUUUGUGUUGUUUGAGAGCCCACUUUGGCUCCCUUUGACCAGUUUCUUUCUUCUUCUUCUUUUCGUGGGGUGGGCUGGGGGUGGGAAAGCCGUAUUCAAAAUGUAGCACAUGCUCAGAGGAGCAUUCUUUUUCCUUGUCCAUAGAUGGCUUUCUUUGCACCAAAGAAGAUAAUCUGGAGAGGGGAGGGAGGGAGGGAGGGAGGAAUAUAUUUCUAUACAGUUUUUUUUUUCCUUCUCUCUCUCUCUUUUGGAGGGCUUUUGUUGACUUGAAACUUUUCUGGGUGGCUCAGAGGAACAAGAGCUGCAGAAGGGAAGGAUUUCUCUCUUCCCCCCCCCCUCUCUCCUCACUUAACAAACCAGCCACAAUGAAAGACCCACUCACACAACCGUCUUUGUGUCCAUUCCAAACUCUCUGGAAUCUCUCUUCACCUCCAUCCCUUCAUCCGUCCGUCCGUCCGUCUAUUUCUCCGUCCCAGGAAAACAGGAGGAAACGGUUCAGCCUAAAAAUUAAUAUUAUUAAUAUAAAUGGGGGUGGAGGGGGGAAAGGAAGAUUAUAAUAAUAAGCUAAGUUUGUGUCAUUUUGUAAAAAAAAUAAAUAAAUAGAGAAGCCCACGCUUUCGGAAACCCAACGGGACGGUGUCUUGAUUGUAAUUUUUUUAAUUAAUAAAUAAAAGCACAAGUUUACUUUUAUAGACA